UGAAUGCGCUUUGUUUACUACCAAAUUGGACGAGAAAAUAGAAUAAAAAGGUGUCCCGUCUUCCUCCAACCUACUAUAAUUGGUAGUAGAGGAAAAUAAUUGCGUAACUUAAAUGUUUAAAAUGUGAUUUCAUAUAGUUCCAUAUUAGCUAGUUUACACUCAAAUUUUGCUCAUUAUGUUUAUAGGUACUAAGGACAUGACUAAUGUUUAGCAGUGUAAAACUGUUGACUUGUGUACCCACAUACCUCAAAAGUGGCUUCUUUCGCAAACUAAGCACUUCAAUGGAAUUAACGGAAGUUGUAGCAUGCCUGAACAAGCUAGCACCCCUACAUAAUGCUGGAAGCUGGGACAAUGUUGGUUUAUUGGUUGAACCAUCACCCCCACAUACAGUAAGCAGAAUAAUGCUAACUAAUGACCUUACUGAGACUGUGCUACAAGAAGGUAUCAGCGCGAAUGUGAACAUGAUUGUAUCUUACCAUCCGCCUAUAUUUAGGCCUCUAAAGAGACUAACAAUGUCAACAUGGAAAGAGAGAAUUGUUGUGAAAUCAUUAGAAAACAGGAUCGCAAUUUAUUCCCCGCACACAGCAUGUGAUGCUGUUCAAGGUGGAGUAAAUGACUGGCUAGCUUCUGGACUGGGAGAGAUGAAAUCAAUUAAACCAAUCAUAAGAUCAAAUAUAAAGGCAGAUAAUUAUUCUGUUUCUAUCGCAAUUCAAUCAAGUAAUGACAAAGACUUACUGGAUUCAUUUGAACAAAAUCUUAGCCAAAUUGUUAAAUUUGUCAGGCGUACUAAUGUUGAUGCAAUAGAGUAUGAAUGCCAAUGUGCCAAAUCUAAAAUGAAAGAUAUUGUAGAUAUGAGUCACACUUAUAACCUGGAUGCUAAGUUCAACGUAAUAGAGCUUGCUGAACUGCCUGCAUCAGAUACUGGAAUGGGACGACUGUGUGUACUUAAUACACCAUGUACAGUUGCAGAACUAAUUACCAGAAUUAAAAAACUGAUGUCUAUUCCUUACGUACGACUUUCUCUGGGAAGUGAUAAAACUGUAACAUCAAUGGUGAACACUGUGGCUCUGUGUGCUGGUUCUGGUUCUAGUGUUUUAAGUGGAGUUAAAGCUGAUGUUUACCUAUCUGGUGAGAUGUCACACCAUGAAGUAUUAGAUGCUGCAUCCAAUGGUGUAACCACUGUACUCUGUGAGCAUAGUAACACUGAAAGAGGGCAUCUAAAAAGCAUGAAGAAAUCCCUUGAGGAUAUGCUGGGAAGUUCUUUAGUUAAAAUCAUAGUGUCACUCGUAGACGAAGACCCUUUGCAUAUUUGUUAACUUAAACCCAGAGAGGGUUAAUGGUGAUUUUGAUUCAUUUAAUAAAUUAUAGCAAAGUUUUUGCUAAUUCAAACACAGAGUGGGUUAAUGGUGAUUUUGAUACAGUAAUAAAUCAUAACAAUGUUUUUAUCUAAAAAGGGUCAAUAAAACCCAAAAACUAUUCUUUAUAUAAUUUAAUUAUUACUGCACGUGAAAACAUCUGUUGCAUCUGUACUAUGUUUGUGUUGAGGAUAAAUACAUUUUUAUAUUUUG